UCGCCCAGCCAGCGCGUCCCUGCGGCGGUACAGCUUCCCGGAUGGCUGUGCAAAUGAAAUGCCGGCACGGCGCGGUGCCCCCGCCCCCCUUCCCCCCUUUCCCAAGUAAAUCCCACCAGGUAGAGCCCGAAGGGUCCUCGCCACUCAGCCGAAGGUGCCUCCGCAGCAGCGUUAGCAGCGCGGCCCUUCGUAGCCCCAAGGACUUCUUUCACCGCCCUCCAUCGGGUUCCCGAGGCAAAGCCCGGGCAGUUCCCAGUCCCCACGCUGCCCUCCCCGCCGAACACCCCGGUACCCCCGUUCUGCAGAGCAGCGGCGUGCGUGUGCACGUGUACGGGCACGCACAGAGGUCACUGUGUCUGUGCUCUUUGUUCUGAGAUGUCACCCUGCGCUGUGUGAGAGAUUCAACUUUUGACUGCUGACCAAACAAAACCAGAGUUCAUAGGGAAGUGCAGCUUCUGAAAUAAAAAUACGCGGAACCUAGUCUGUGACGCAGGCAAGACUGCCCGGCUCUCUGGGGUGCAGGAGCAGCCCAGCUAUCUGGGGCUCCUCCGGCUUUCAGAAGAAGAGGGGUGAAACCAUAGACACACUCAUUCUGUGCUGCCGUAUGACAUUGGUGUUACCCCUGAGGAAAAAGAAAAUCUCUUUUAUGAGCAGGGUUUAAAGAUAAUGGGGCGCGGUAGCAGUGUGGAGAAAUAUGGAGUUCCCUGCAGGAGCUGUGCUGUGCUUGCGUGUCCUGGUCUGCCCCUUGCAGAUAAGGAUGGCGCCUGCUGAGAAACCGGGUGCCUCCCAUGGACCAGGUGGACUGUGAGCUUUGACCUGGCACCUGGCAGAGGCGCGUGCAGCACCGGGGGAUGGCACAGACCUUUGUCAAACAGGGGGUGUGAUAGCUUACAUCAGCUCUUCGAGCUCGGCAUCUAGCCCAGCCUCAUGUCACAGUGAGAGCUCAGACAGCGGUUUCCAGUCAUCCUCUUCGCCUGUACCAUCUUCUCCGAACAGCUCCUCCUCGGAAAGCGGAUGCAAUGGCCGGAGCAGCGAAGGCUCUGAUGGGGCACCGAAGAACGAUCGGCUGGAGGAGACUGUUAAAACAAACCAGUCCAGUGUUGCUGGUUUGACAAAAGGCCAUAAUGGAGUCACAAAAUUUAAUGGCAUGGUUCUUCUUUGCAAAGUCUGUGGAGAUGUCGCUUCAGGAUUUCAUUAUGGUGUUCAUGCCUGUGAGGGCUGCAAGGGUUUUUUCAGAAGAAGCAUUCAGCAAAACAUCCAGUAUAAGAAGUGCUUGAAGAAUAACAACUGCUCUAUAAUGAGAAUGAAUAGGAACAGAUGCCAGCAGUGUCGUUUCAAAAAAUGUCUGUCUGUUGGGAUGUCAAGAGAUGCUGUUCGAUUUGGCCGUAUUCCCAAACGUGAAAAACAGAGGAUGCUGAUUGAAAUGCAGAGUGCCAUGAAAACUAUGAUGAACAGUCAGUUCAGUGGCCACUUACCCAACGAAGCAUUAACAGAACAUCAAGACCAAGCACCUCAAGAAGACCUUUCUUCCAAGCCCAAACAAGAGCGGGAUACCAUCAAAAGCCCUUCUCCCCCUCCUACUGCUGACAUGGCUAAGGAAGAAGUGAUCGGGAUGGUCACUAGAGCCCACAAAGACACUUUCAUGUACAACCAAGAACAGUCCCAAAACCCCACAGAGAUGAUGCAGCCCCAGAGUGGGGAGAGAGUGUCGAAGAACACCGAGCAGUACAUGUUGAGCAGUGAGCACUGUGUUGGAGGCCUCAGUGGCCCUCAGUACCCUGAAAGGGAGCAGCACCUUGGUGGACAGUACAAAGGGAGAAGCACAAUGCAUUAUCCAAGUGGGCAUGCCAUGUGCUUCACAAAUAGCCACUGCAUGAACUUCACCAGUGGCUAUACUCAGCGAAUGUGUGAUAGGAUCCCAGAAGAUGGCUUUUCUCCAAACAAGAACACCACUUACUCCUGCAGCACUGGAGGAAGAAUGCAUCUGGUCUGCCCAAUGAGUAAGACUCCCCAUGUGGACCCAAACAAAUCUGGCCAUGAAGUCUGGGAAGAGUUUUCCCUGAGUUUUACCCCUGCAGUGAAGGAAGUGGUGGAGUUUGCCAAGCGCAUCCCCGGAUUCCGAGAUCUCUCCCAGCAUGACCAGGUCAAUCUUCUGAAAGCUGGGACCUUUGAGGUUUUAAUGGUACGAUUUGCAUCUUUGUUUGAUGCAAAGGAACGUACUGUCACCUUCCUGAGUGGAAAAAAGUACAGUGUGGAUGACUUGCAUUCAAUGGGAGCUGGUGAUCUGCUCAACUCAAUGUUUGAAUUUAGUGAGAAAUUAAAUGCCCUGCAACUUAGCGAUGAGGAAAUGAGUUUGUUUACAGCGGUUGUCCUGGUAUCUGCUGAUCGCUCCGGAAUAGAAAAUGUCAACUCUGUGGAGGCACUUCAGGAAACACUAAUCCGUGCAUUAAGGACCUUAAUUAUGAAAAAUCACCCAAACGAAGCCUCUAUUUUCACAAAACUUCUUUUGAAAUUACCCGACUUGCGUUCCUUAAACAACAUGCACUCUGAAGAACUGUUGGCCUUUAAAGUUCACCCAUAGGCCUUUAGGUCUCAAUUUGUACUUGGACUUGCCUCGUGUUAAACUGUUUUGUGCUAAAAUAUGUAUUUAUACAGUUGUACCACUUGUUGGAGAGAGUUCACAGACUGUGAACAGUUGAUAGCUGUCCCAUAACCAUGCAAUAAAGCUUUGGCAGGUGCUUUCAGCUAAUGAUGGCACAGCAUUUGGAGUCCUCCAAGGCAUCCAGACCCAUCUGUGCCACACUUCUGCAGAAGAGGUUGCAAUGAGCCCGAGCAAAUAUGGACUGUUCUUUCAUUUAGAAAAAAGAACCACCACUGCCCUCUUACAUAAACUGAACGCAAAAUAACUAUGUGCAUACGGAGCAUGGAAUGGGGUGGGAGCAAUCCUGUGCUAAUAGGAAAAAGGAAGAGCUGAUUUAAUUGGUCUUUCACUUAUCUAAUAGAUAUAUGUCUGUGUCUCUUGAUAACUCACUCAUGGUUUCACUGCUGUUAUUCCAUUAAAUGCAAUGGAAUGAUUUCAGCCUGCACCAACUCUUCACCGAGCGUGUGUUCAUGCCAUGUGUAUAUAAUAUAAAUAGUUAAGUAGUGAGUGUUUAUGGCUAUAUAAAGUACAGAGUUGUGUGUAUAUAUGUGUAUGUAUAUAAAUAGUUCUAUACAUAAAGUAUACAUAUAAUUUCUUCACAAUAUUUUAAACUGUGAAGGAAUUUAAACUUAAAACAGAAGGCGAUCUAUGGAAAGAACCAAAUAGAUGCACUUUGCAUAUUGCUGAACUAAUUAUCUGAGCAUUUUUUAGAAAACAUCGAAUUUGCAUUAAUAUGCUGUGUUUGUUAAUUUAAAAAAAAAACCAACCACGAGUGGCACUAAAGAGUCAGAGUCAGAUUCAACUUCCAAAAGGGGCUCGUAGAGAAUCUCAAGUGGAGAUGGUUGGUUGCGGCACUAAUGAGAUUGAUUGUCCAUUGCCACUGAGGUUCUUGCGUUCUGAUAAAGGUUAAAGAAGCACUAGAUGCUCUUCAAAAACUUCAGCACAGCCAGAAAGAAAUUAUCAGAUGAAUAACAGCAUGUAUCAGAGAAAAAAAAUGGGAAAAAUGUAUCCAUGGUUGCGUUUGGGUGUAUGUGUGUUCUGUGACCGUUUAUUUCUUGCAAUACAUCGUUUUGCUGCUUCAUUGCUAAAUGAGAAUUGAAAAAAAAAAGUAAGAUUUCCCCAUGUCUUUUCACCAUUUGGGCUUUGUGGUUCUCAUGCUUGUUCUUCUGGAGCUCUCUAUUGGUGCGUGUGCAUGUGAGUGUGCGUGAUGUGCACAGAAAGUGCACUGGAUGGUCUGAAUUUUUUUUCUUAAAAAACACCACAAAAACCAACCAAACAAAUGGGACUUUUUUUUUGUUGUUUAUGCCAGUAGCAAAUUACAAAGCAGAUUCUCAAGGCUUAAGAUUCUGCUGCUUUUCCAUCUAGGAAAGUGGGUCUCUAUGUUGUUUUUUUUUCCAUUUGUAGCAAGACCUGGCACCAGAAGAGAGAGAUUAAAAGAAGUCAGAGCAGUUGUGUUAAUUAGUUAUGUUUCUGUUUUGCUAAUGUGGGAAGAAGAUGCAGCAUCACCCUUGUGUUUAGUUAACUUGCCUUAGAGAUAGCUCUCUGGGUCUGUAGUGUUUGGUAACACUACUCUGGAGGGAGGGACCUCUCCGUGUGUUACUGCAUCGAGAUGUACGUGGUAGUCGACACCAGGACCCAGAAAGCCACCAGGCUGCGGAACCUCCUGUUUGCGCCACAGUGGGUUAAUGGGAGCCCUCAUGCCUGCAGUAGAGCUGGAGCAGGAGCAGACCUCUGCCUGUCCCUGAGCAUCAGGAGUUGGGAUGGAUAGAGGGGUGGCUUGCACUCUGCCAUGCUCAGGUUGUCUUUGGGCUGGAGAUUCCCCCUCAGAAAGGAGUAAGGGGCUGAGAGCAGGAAGAGGGCAGGUGCUUGAGUAAGAGGUGGGCAAAAUUCAGCUGUAGCCUUGACUAAGGAACAGAAGAUCCCACCCUUUCCCUUCCUCUGCAGCUGCUGCAGGGAGAGCUGUCCUGCAUCAAACUGCUUUAACCAUUGGAUAAUGGCCCCUUAACACAUACAGUUUUGUUACCCAAAUGUGCUAUUGGGGCAUGUUGUCCUAAUUUCUGUUAACAGUCUGCAUCCUACCAGUAUUAUUUGUUUGAGAGCUUCACUGAAUUACGCAUUGAACCAUUCAGACUUUAGAAAGGACACAGUCACAUGUUUUAUAUUAUUUAGGAGCUGAAAUUACUUCUCUGUAGAUCCCAUUUCACACAUGGAAAGUACAGUUAACCCUUGGUUGUUUUGGGAGGGAAGGAGGCUUCAUACAGAGAGUGCCACCCUACAACUAUGUUUUGUUGUGUUUUGUUUUAUUUUUUUUCUUCUUAAAACUGUAUUAUUAAGCCUUUAGGAAUGUAUAACCAGGACUGAGUAAUUACUGCUUAUUAAAUUUUUUAGUUAGAUUGACCAUGUAUGCCUAUAGGUAGAUAUUCUAACUUGUGCAAUUUCAUUCAAAAUAAUCUUCAUGUACAUAAUGGAAAAACUCACACAACAGAAAAAAAAAAGCCCCAAACAGAUUGACUGAACAAAAAGCUGAAUAAAGUAUGGUUCAAAAGUGACCCAUGUGUUACAAACACUAGCUGGACUCUUAGAAGAAAAUCUAAACUUAUUGUGUUAGCUGUGUAUUGUGAGCUCUUCUUUUACUGUGUCACUGGUUAUACACUUGUUAAAUGCUGAGAUAAUAGACUUCAUGCCAGGCAUUUGAGUACUGUAGAUUGGGUCAUUGCUGAAAGAUUAAUGUACUGUAUGACUUAAAUGAAAUUUUUAUUCUUGAUUUUAUUCUUGAUUUUGUUCUUGUUUUAAAAGAUUAAAUAUGGGCAUUAUGUCAGCAAGCUAAA